CUUCCGCACGGUUUCGGAGGCUUCUAAAAAAAACCAUGCUCGUCUCACCAGCAUGUCACCAGCCGUGCGUAUGUUUAUAAAUGUUCCCCUGACACUGGCAGUUAUAUUACGGAAUAGGCCUCCUCACUGAGAAUGGCAGCGAUACCUGGAGUGAGGGCUUUCCUCAGCCUCCAUCAAUCAGUGACAUUGUGGCACAGCUUUGGGCUAGUUAAAGUCCAGUUGAGAUCAGCGUGCCUUACCAGGAGGCUUUGCAGCACUUCUACAAAAAAUGAUGACCUGAAGCUGUCAGUGAAUCCAGAGAAUGAAUCUCUGCUGGAGAACCUAAAUCUCCUGGGAGUUGAUGUGAAGAUGGCACGCCGGCGUCAGCCUGGGGUGCUUCGUAAGGCCUUCACUAACGAGCAAGGCCUCGCCCAGUUUCUGCAAGGCAAAGGUGCCAGCCGCAAAGUAAUCGCCAGCAUCAUAUCCCGUUAUCCUCGUGCUAUCACCCGCUCGAUGGAGCACAUGGAACAGCGCUGGGACCUAUGGAGGAACAUCUUCAAGACGGAUGCAGAAAUUGUAACCAUUCUGGAUCGUUCGCCUGAGUCUUUCUUCCGAUCCAGCGACAAUGGGAACUUGGAGAAGAACAUAGCUUUUCUGAUAUCCCUGGGACUAAACACCAAAGACCUCCAUCGGCUGCUGACCACAGCGCCGCGGACAUUCUCCAACAGUUUAGAGCUUAACAGGCAGAUGGUGGAGUUUCUGGAAGACAUCUAUUUAGAGCUCGGUGGGAAGAGUCCAGAGCAGUUUGUCAAAGCUGUCAUAUCCAGAAACCUAUACAUUCUCAUCCGAAGCACAAAGAGAGUCAAGGCAAACAUCGAUAACCUGAGAGCGUCUCUUAAACUGAGCGAUUCAGAGUUGCUGGGUCUUCUGCAAGGCCCUGGAGCAGAAAUUCUGGACCUUUCAAAUGAGUAUCUGAAAAAGAAUUUUAACAGCCUUCAGCAGAAGAUGGCUUCACUUGGCUGUCAGAAUUCUGAUUUUAAAAAACUGAUCAUUAGCUAUCCAAUGGUUCUGUAUAUUGGGCCGGACACAUUGAGCUCUAAACUGGACUGUCUUCUGAAAGGAGGAAUAACAAUGAAGCAGAUACUGGAGAAGCCCAAGGUUUUGGACUACAGCACACAGAACAUUACAGGAAGAUUAGAGGAACUGCAGAAAGUGAGAUAUGACUUCAGGAAGAAUGGCAUCAACAUUCUGGACUCCAGCCGAAAGCGGUUUGCUGCAAAGAUAGAAAAACUUAGUGCCUCAACAGAUGAAUGAAUGCAGCUGCUUGUAAAGUUAGAUUAUGUUGGAGGCUGUUUUAACUUGAGAUUGGGAUCAGGAUAAUCUGGAUUCUGGUUCCAAUAUUAAGUAAUUAAACCUGUCACUAAAAUGUAAUCUCUUGCAAUAUUUCAGAAUAUAUUUUUGUAAAUGAGUCUACAUGUGAAGAUGCAAUCUCGAAAUAAAAGUGAUUUAAUAACA